AUGCCUUCGCGCCGCGACAUCUACAUCCCUCCCCCUCCAGCCUCAACUCAUCGAAUCAACCGCGAUCACCGCAUCAAGCGAGUUCCACUCCAAGAUCUUGCCUUCAAGAAGUCCAGUGGCGCUCUUCUGCAGCAGCGCAAGCGAGUCUUCCGAACCGUUCCUUCUCCAGACAAGGAGAACGUGGAAGCCUGCUACCGAGCCAUUGAUCAUCUCAGUGUCACCUUUGAGGAGUGGUAUCAAGAGCGCAUGCGACUUCUCCGCGAAUCACGAGAACUGCGAACAAGUAUUAACAACAUUCUCCUAGCUGCCCAGCAGCCUACAGACCGAUCUCGUCUCAGCAUGCCUCCCCGCGAUUCCGACGCCUCUAGCUCCGACGCCGAGCCUGAUGAGAGUAUUCUCUUCAACCGCGCUCGCCCAAUGGCUGCUCCCGCUGGCCCUUCUUCUGAUGCCACAAUGGCUAACAACGACGACCAAGCUGCUGAGGACGAUGUUGAUCAGCGCACUCUUUCUCACUCCCCUGAAGAGUAUGAGGAUGAGAACUCAAUCGACGAAGAAGAAGAAGAUGUCGAUGAAGACGAGGAUGACGAAGAAGCCGCUGAGCACGACCAGGCUCAUGAAGCUGCUACCCUUUUCGACCCCGCUACUGCUGGACUAAAGGAGAUUUCCAACCUUGCCCGUUUCACUGUUAGCAGCCACAAGCCUGGCAGUGGUGUUGAGGAGCUCAAGAGCGAUGACCUCAAGCUCUUCUGGCAAUCCGAUGGCCCUCAGCCUCACAAGCUCACCAUGUACUUCACCAAGCGUGUUGGUAUUCGUGACAUUCGCUUCUACGUUGACUACAACGAGGACGAGUCCUACACCCCUACCAAGGUCGUCUUCAAGGCCGGCACCAGUGAGAACAAUCUCAUCGAGUUUGCUACCAUGGCUCUCGAGAAUCCCUCCGGCUGGCAGCAGGUUCCCAUCGCUGGCGCCGGCGGUGGCCCUGACGGCAACACCCUCGUCGCUUGGGUAGUUCAGAUGCAGAUCCUCGAGAACCACCAAAACGGCAAGGAUACCCAUCUUCGCGGUAUCAAGAUUUAUUCUUUCGACAAUGACUCCGCUCUUGGCCCUGGUCGCGAUGGUAACCCUGUCGAAGAUGUCCUCGACCUCAUGGACACGGCCACUAGCCAUAUCAACCCCAGCUCUACUCGUUUGCGCCUCAGCAACUUUGGAGCUUCCAAUUUUGAGUCUGCGGAGGGAGGUCUCGCCAUCCCUGAGUUCAUGCGAGAGCCUGAGAUCCGCUAA